AUGAAUCGAAAGCUUCAUGUUGUACUACUAUCCCUUUCUCUUCUCUCCUCUCCAGUCGACCUUUUUCCAGGAAAGGCUGUUUUCUUUUUUUUUUCCCACCGUCCCGCCCCUUUUCCAACCCCACGAGGUGGAAAUGCAGACGAUCUGAGUCUGCAAGAAACUCCCUUUCGUAAAGUUCUAAUUGGUUCUAAAAUAAAUAUAAAAAGAAAAUAA